UCUCAGCCGCGUUCUCACACCGUUAGACGGCCGCUCCCCUUUUGGUAACCGUUGCGCAGCUGCGAUGCUGGACGUCUGUGUAGGUGGUCGGUAGUAAUCAAAAUGGUUGAAGCGGAUCGUCCAGGGAAGUUAUUUAUAGGAGGACUCAAUACAGAAACAAAUGAAAAAGCUCUUGAAUCAGUUUUUGGAAAAUAUGGCCGUAUCGUGGAAGUUCUUUUGAUGAAAGAUCGUGAGACCAAUAAAUCCAGAGGCUUUGCUUUUGUUACUUUUGAGAGUCCAGCUGAUGCAGAAGAUGCUGCAAGAGACAUGCAUGGAAAGUCCUUGGAUGGAAAACCAAUUAAGGUGGAACAGGCCAUCAAACCAUCUUUUAAAAGUGGUGGUAGACGAGGACCACCCCCUCCCCCAAGAAGUAGAGAUCCUCCAGGAGGCUUUAGAGGUGGAAGAGGAGGAAAUGGUGGAGCAAGAGGACCACCCCGUGGAGGGCAUAUGGAUGACAGGGGAUAUUCUUUUAAUUUCAAUGUGGGUACUUCCAGAGGACCAGUUCCCGUUAAAAGGGGUCCACCUCCACGAAGUGGGGAUCCUUCACUUAAAAGAUCUGCCCCUUCUGGACCGGUGUGCAGCAGCAGUGGAAUGGGAGGAAGAGGGCCAGUGGCUCGUGGAAGAGAUAGCUAUGGUGGUCCUCCCCGAAGAGAGCCAACAUCCUCACGCAGGGAUGUGUAUAUGUCACCAAGAGAUGACAGUUACAGGACUAAGGAGAGCAGAGAUUAUGGAAGUUCUCGGGACACCAGAGAUUAUGCUCCACCUCCAAGGGACUAUACCUACCGUGACUUUGGCCAUGCUUCUAGCUCAAGUGAUGAGUAUUCAUCUAGAGGAUAUAGGUAACUCGGGAAGUGCUCCUCCCGCUCGAGGGCCUCCCCCCUCCCAUGCAGGAAGUUGCCCUUAUGAUGAUUACAGCCGCCCAGGAGACGGAUCUGGGGGAGUGGGGAGGAGAGUUGUUCAAGUGGCCAAAGUGAUAUCUAUUCCAGUGCUCGUGAUAGAGUUGGCAGACAAGAGAGAGGGCUUCCUCCUUCCCCGGACAGGGGGUAUCCUGCCCCUCGGCAUUCAUGCAGCAGUUCAAGCCGGGGGGCUCCAGGAGGUGGUGGCCGGGGAGGAAGCCGAUCUGAAAGAGGAGGCAGAAGCAGAAGUUAAAAGGAAUGAGAGUUUUUUCAGAGAAAUUAAGAAUUGAGUUUGUUCACUUAAGAAGUUAACUGCUAAGGUCCAAAAUGUAUUUUGUACCUUCUCAGAUAUCCUCCAUUAAAAGUGAUCAAAUUUGAAGUUUGUAUUGAUUUUGGAAAUAAAGUUUUUUUGAAUUUG